AUGACACCCAUCACUCCUAAACCACACGAUGACUCCGUCCACGCCAACGAUGAAAAGCAACCCCAGCAAUCCCACUCAGAAACCAUCACCUCAGCCAGCAUAUCCAAAACAAUCUCCUCCACCCUCCCAUCAGCAUCAAAAUGCGACUCUGCAACCCCCAUCUUCCCGCGCUCCGCCUCAGUAGCCGAAGCAACAAUCAACGCAGAACACUCCAUGACGCUCCACCAAGGCAUCCGCCAAUUCCCCAAAGCCAUAGCCUGGUCCGUCGUCAUAUCCCUGACACUCGUCAUGGAAGGCUACUCCACCAUCCUCGUCCCCAACCUCUUCGCUAUGGACCCCUUCCGCCGCCGAUUCGGCGACUUACUGCCAAACGGGUCGUACGAGAUCAGCGCGAACUGGCAGACUGCGCUUGUGAACGGCGGGCUGGCGGGCCAGAUACUAGGGCUUUUUGUUACGGGGACUGUGGCGGAGAGGAUUGGGUACAGGCAUACGCUUAUGGUGGGGUUGACGGCGAUGAAUCUCUUCAUCUUUGUUACGUUUUUUGCGGGCAGCAAGGGGGUUUUGUUGGCCGGGCAGUGUUUGCUGGGGAUGCCGUGGGGUAUGUUUCAGUGUGUUUGUACGGUUUAUGCGGCGGAUGUUUGUCCGGUGGCGCUGAGGGCGUAUUUGACGACGUGGGUGAACGCAUGUUGGGUUCUUGGUCAACUGAUCGCUUCCAUUGUCAUGCGCGGUAUGAUAUCGGAUAUGACAGAGUGGUCCUACCGCAUCCCGUUUGGUCUCCAGUGGAUCUUUCCCUUGCCCAUCCUUGUGGCCGUCUGCUUCGCUCCAGAGUCGCCCUGGUGGUUCAUUCGCCAAAACCGCUUCGCCGACGCAAAGGCUUCGCUACACCGGCUACGCACUAAACCCAAGUCCGUUUCUGACGUCGAGUUCGACUUGGUUCUGGUGGGCACGAUGGAAGGCAUGAUUGAGACCAACGACCGCGAACAGCGGAUGCAGACAGGCACGAGCUACAAAGACUGUUUCAAAGGUGUUGAUAGACGCCGAACAGAAAUCACGUGUAUGGUAUGGAUCAUCCAGAUAUUAUGCGGUAGCACAUUCAUGGGUUUCUCAACCUACUUCUACGAACAAGCCGGCAUCGCCUCCUCCCACGCCUUCACCCUCUCCCUCGCGCAAUUUGCCCUCGGCCUCAUCGGCGUCAUCAUCUCGUGGGCACUAAUGUCGCACUUCGGACGACGAACACUCUACCUCUCCGGUCAAACCCUCACAUGUCUCUUCGUCCUGCUCAUCGGCAUUCUAGCCUGUAUCCCACAACCCCACACAAACACGACCAGCACAUUCACCCCCCUCAACUGGUCCAUCGCCGCACUCCUCCUCGCCUUCACUCUCACCUACGACGCCACCCUCGGCCCCAUCUGCUACGCCCUCGUCUCCGAGAUGCCCAGCACGCGGCUCCGCAGCAAGACGAUUGUGCUAGCGCGGAAUUGCUAUAAUGUGGGUGGUAUCGUGACGAAUGUUAUUACGCCGCGCAUGCUGAAUCCGACGGCUUGGGGGUGGGGGGCUAAGACGGGGUUCUUUUGGGCGGGGACGAGUGUGCUGGGGUUGGGGUGGAGCUUUUGGAGGCUGCCGGAGCCGAAGGGGAGGACGUUUGGGGAGUUGGAUGAGCUAUUUGAGAGGGGGGUUGCUGCGAGGGAGUUUGGCGGGUGGGCGGCGGGGGAUAAGAGUUCUGUUGAGGGGGAGGGGGGUGUGAAGGAGGGGGUUUAG